AUGGAGACUUUCAUUGCUCAUCAAACCAAGACAAAUGUGGAUAUCGACAAGCGCCAAAGUGAGGUAACUUCUUCGGUCCAACAACUCCAAGCCCACAACAAGAUCAUAGAGACUCAAUUGGGUCAAAUUGCACAACAUGUGGGAAGUUCUUCUUCAAGUUCCGGUCCUCAACUUCCGAGCCAAACUGUUUUGAACCCAAAAGAGCACAUAAAAGCAAUCACUUUGAGAUCGGGAAAAGGCUAUGAAGGUCCGGUCAUGAGAGAAGAGGUAGCCACAAAGAGAGAUGAGGGAUGUGGAGAAGAAGAGAAAGUUGAGAGUGAAAGAGUGCAAAGUGAGAAAAGUGAGCAAACACAAUGUGAGAAGAGUGACUCAAAGAGUGAAGAGGUUGUGAUUAAGGAGAGGGUUACAAGUGAACAUUCACUUCUUACCAACAAGGCAAAGCUUGAAGAAGCAACCGUUUCUCUUCCUAUGGAAGUGAGUGCUAUCAUUCAAAACAAGCUUCUAGAAAAGCAUAGUGAUCUGGGUAGCUUCUCAAUACCGGUGAAGAUUGGUGAUCUAGAGCCAAAGAAUGCCCUUUGUGAUCUUGGGGCAAGUGUUAGCCUUAUGCCUCUCUCUAUGGCUCAAAGGCUAAAUGUUGGGGGAAUGAAGCCUACACGGAUGUCACUUCAACUAGCCGACCGUUCGGUUCCUCUUAUUCUAGGAAGGCCUUUCCUUUCUACGGCGGGAGUUGUUAUUGAUGUGAAAGAUGGGCGGUUGACUUUGAAUGUUGGAGAUGAGAAAAUCACUUUUACUCUUCAACAAGCAAUGAACUCACCUGAUGAAUGA